AAAAAAUGACAGUACAUUUCUCAACAGCAGAACCCCUUUCCGCUCCAUAGGUUGUUUUUAAUCUAUCAAUGCCUAUCAAUGUAUCAAUCUAUCUAUCAAUUGAUCACAGCACCUACAAUACAUAGACUACAUAUGAUGUGCUUUUGUGUCUUUCUUUUUUCUCAGCAACUCAAAACCAUCGAUUGUGUGCAUAGUCGGUCCUUUUUAUAGCUGACAGGGUUCACCGUGACAAUCCUUAGAAUGACUAUGACAAUUACCAUUAACCAAUGGCUGGCCUUGCUCUGUCUCACACGGCUUCGGCUCCAGUGCGCAGGCGUGGCCACCACACAACACCGCAGACAGGGGGCGUCCACGUGACGUGCCCACCGCGACUGCACUGACCGCAACCUGCCAGAGAGGCAGAGCAAAAGAUAGCAAGAGGCGUAGAAAAGCCUAGGCUAUCGUUGUGCCAGCGUCGAGGUUCAGUCUAUUUCACCGUCCCUAUGAAUUCUUAUACACCUUCCGGAGGAUAGGGAGAAUUCGGGGGGAUUUUGAAUUCCGUUUUGCUUUGUUUUUUCCCCGCUAGUCUCUUUAUCCCCAUGCCCCGUUGAUGUUUUUUUGUGCACCAUCACCAGACGUUUUGGCCGUAGAGCAGGUGUGAGGGACCGCGGCGACCGCUCCUCUCCUCCCGCUUCCAAGAGGAGAUGUCGAGUGAGAAGCCGGUUUCAGCACCACCACCAGGCUCGGCGUCGCUGACGGACACGGCUAGAGAUCUCCAUCCCUCGGGUCCGGUGCAGCAGGUCGUCACCAGCACCGGCUCCACGACCGUAGGGGAGAGGAUGGUGUCUUCCGCCGGCAAUAUGGUGCUCCCGGCCGGGGGGAUAAACCCCGCCGUCCCGAUAAGGAAUAUCCAAAUGAAAUUCGCCGUGUUGGUGGGCCUGAUCCAAGUCGGGGAGGUUAGCAACAGAGACAUCGUGGAGACGGUGCUGAACUUGCUGGUGGGGGGAGAGUUCGACCUGGAGAUGAACUUCAUCAUCCAGGAGGCGGAGAGCAUCGGCUGCAUGGUGGAGCUGCUGUCCCACUGCGAGGUCACCUGCCAGGCGGAGAUCUGGAGCAUGUUCACCGCCAUCCUGCGCAAGAGCGUGCGCAACCUGCAGACCAGCACCGAGGUGGGGCUCAUCCAGCAGGUGUUGGUCAAGAUGAGCACCGUGGACGACAUGAUUGCAGGUGAGGGAUGGCUUCUUUGUUCCUGUGUGUGUGUGUGUGUGUGUGUGUGUGUGUGUGUGUGUGUGUGUGUGUGUGUGUGUGUGUGUGUGUGUGUGUGUGUGUGUGUGUGUGUGUGUGUGUGUGUGUGUGUGGUGGUGUAUAAGGGUAUGUGUGUCUUUGCAGGUGAGGGACGGCUUCUUUGUUCCUGGGGGUGUGUGUGUGUGUGUGUGUCUGGAUGUAAGGAUGUACAUGUGCGUGCGUGUGUGCAUGUGUUUGUGUCGGGAUGUAAGGGUAUGUGUGUGUCUGUGUCAUGA